GGGUCUCCAAGGAGCCACCACCCACUCCAACCUGCCUCACAAAGAGGCAAGUGAAGCAGAAGGUGGAGAGCCUGACCACUCAGCUCCAGGUGAUGACUGCCCAACGGAAUGAUCUGAGAGAUCGCCUCAUCUUAGUAACUGAAGGUUCCUUGGACAAGAGGCCCUACCACAGUCCAAAUCCUUUCUAUGAACACCUCAAGAUGGAACAUCAGCAGGUCUUGUCAGACCUGCAGAAUUUUGAGAAUGAGAAUAUGGAGGUCUCACAGAAGCUCAGUGAGCUGACCAAGGAAAAUGUCUUCCUUCGUGAUCUGCAGAGCCGGCUCCUGUUGGAGCAGAGGCAGCAGAAGAAAAAGGUGGAUCUGCUGAGGCAAGAGAAGGAGAACCUACAGGAGGAAUGGCUCCGGCUGAAGAAGCACUUGAGUGAACUGAAAGUGCUCUGUAAGGACCAAGAAGAGACCAGUGACCUUGAGAACCAGCAACAGCAGGAGCAGCAAAGACUGGAGGAGAGACUUCAGAGCUUGCUGAAACAGAGGGAGAUGGUCACACAGCAAAAACACUUGGCUAUGAAGCUGCAGCAUCAUUUGACUGUCUCCCAGAUGAGGUCAGAAAAACUCCAACAUGAGCUGGAACAGUCCACAGCUCAGGAUGAGAGCCUCCUGCCGACAGAGCUGCUGCAGCAGGAACACUGA